AUGGAGUUGGACGCUCUGCCGUCCCUGCAAUUGUCUCCCAUGUCCUUUAGAAGAGCUAGUGCUUUGCCCUUAGAAGUGGCGACCGGCUCGUGCACGCUACCACCUCAUGCACGGUCUCGGAGGCCCCUCACCGCUUUUUCUCUCAAGCUUCAACACCGCACAACUCCACCAAAAAUACACAGAUUUCCUUCGAAAAUGGAUGCAAUGGAAGCUGCGUUCGCGGAGCUUGAUUUGAUGGAGAAAAAGAUGUAUACUGAGGUCGCAAAGAAGCAUGGGAUUGACAGAACCACGCUCUCACGGAGGUACCGAGGAAUCACGAAGUCAAAGGCUGAGGCCUACAAUUCUCAAAAGCUCCUCUCUCCUGGCAAGACUAAGGCUCUCAUCAAAUACAUCAACAACCUCUCCGAAAGAGGCUUGCCUCCUACGCAUCAAAUGAUACGAAAUCUCGCCCAGGAUUUAGCUGGGAGAAUGCCAGGAAUCCACUGGGUUUCACGCUGGGUCCAUUCGAAUUCCAAACGCCUCAAAUCAGCCUACCUUCUUCCUAUUAAUAAGGAACGGAAAAGGGCUAAUUCUGCCCUUUACUACAGCCUCUACUUUAAGCUUCUUAGUCGCAAAAGAGAUUAA